GCCUAAUGCUUAAACUGCAGCCAUGACUGUAACAAUGAACGAGGAGCCAGCAAAUGGGCAGCAAUGGGGACUCACAUUUGAAGGAGUGAAGACAGUGCGUGUGCGUCAAGUACCCAUCCCGACCAUUCAGGAGCCCACCGACUGCAUUGUCAGGACGUCCCUUGUUGGCGUUUGCGGCUCUGAUUUGCAUGCCUACCAUGGUCGUGAAGCAGGCUGUGACCACGGCACAGUCAUGGGGCACGAAUUGGUUGGGAUCGUCGAUGCAGUGGGAGCAUCAGUAACGUCGCUAAAAGUUGGAGAUCGCGUCAUGUGUCCUUUCACUACGAACUGCGGCUCAUGCUUUUACUGCAAACGGGGGUUGACGGCACGUUGCACUACCGGACAGCUGUUUGGAUGGAAAUCUGGCGGAAAGGGUUUGGACGGGGGCCAAGCACAGUAUGUUAGAGUACCUUUGGCAGAUGGUACGCUAUCGCGCAUUCCUGAAGGUGUGACAGAUGAGGAAGCUUUGUUGCUGGGUGAUAUCUUUUCCACUGGAUUCUUUUGUGCCGACAAUGGCGGCAUCGAAGCUGACCAAGAUCAAGUUGUUGCGGUUAUUGGAUGUGGGCCGGUGGGAUUGAUGGCCAUUUUAGGUGCCCGAGAAUUAGGGGCAAAACGUGUUAUUGCGAUCGAUAUGGUCACUGAUCGCUUAGAUCUUGCCAAAGAAUAUGGCGCUGAGCCGGUUCAUUUGAAAGAACAGGAUCCCCUUGCUGCCGUGCAUGCAGCAACGGAAGGACGCGGAGCUGACGUUGUACUGGAAGUUGUAGGGUCAGAAAGUGCAAUGGAAUUGGCAUACAAACUUUUGCGUCCUGGUGGAACCUUGUCAUGCGUUGGAGUUCACAAUGAGGAUAAAUUAGCCUUUAGCCCGAACGAUGCUUACGACAAAAACAUUACAUUUCGGAUUGGAAGGUGUCCAGCUAGACAUUUUAUGGAGAAACUGGUCCCCGUUGUGGUGAGCAAAAAGUAUGAUCUGACACGCAUCAUCACCCAUCGCAUGGACUUGAAAGAGGCGGUCGAGGCGUACGAUAUGUUUGAUAGAAAGUUGGAUGGCUGCAUCAAGAUUGUGCUCAGAACGUAGAGCUAGGACGUAGACGGGGAGGGAGAUGGAGUAGAGAUUAGCUGUACCACUCAUAUGAAGAAAGCACACAUUGCAUGCAUCUUGUUGGUAAAAGCCCAAUGCGUUUAAUAACUGUAAUUUCUUAUCGA